AUGGCAAACACAACUACCACUGCGCUCGUUCUCCACGGCGCCAAAGAUCUCCGCCUUGAACAACGUACUAUCACCGCCCCAUCUACAGAAGAAGUCCAAGUCGCCAUCCGUGCAACCGGACUCUGCGGCUCAGAUCUCCACUACUACAGCCACGGUCGCAAUGGCGACUUUGUCGUCCGGGCACCAAUGUGUCUCGGCCACGAAUCUGCGGGUACAGUAACGGCCACCGGUAGCGGUGUCUCAAGCCUCAAAGUCGGCGACCGUGUCGCCCUGGAAGUCGGUCUCCCAUGCCGCAAGUGCGCUCUCUGCAAACAAGGCCGCUACAACAUCUGCAAAGCCAUGCAGUUCCGCAGCUCAGCAAAGGGCUUCCCCCACCUCGACGGUACUCUGAUGGACCGCACAAACCACCCAGCAGAUAUGUGCCACUUGCUCCCAGACAGCGUGUCCGACGCAGGCGGUGCGCUCGUCGAGCCGCUCGCUGUCACACUUCACGCUGUGCGGCGCUCACACCCUCCUAGUAAGGAGGAAGUUGCGCUGAACCGCGCUGCUGGAGAGGAGACCGCUGCCUUGGUUUUCGGUGCCGGUGCGAUUGGCCUGCUGCUUGCUGGUGCGCUGGCUGCUAGUGAGAACUUCUCAGCGAUUGUUGUUGCUGAUAUUGAUGCGCGGAGACUCAAGAUUGCCGAGGAGAUGGGACUUGGUCUUAAGACUGCUCUUAUUCCUAGAGCUGAUACUCCCCCUCCCGCGAAGGAUGCGCCUCAUGCUGAACAGACGGCGUAUGCGCUUGAGAAUGCGCAGAAGGUUGCGGCUACGUUGAUCGAGGCUGUGGGUGCGAAGGAUGGACUUGUCGUCCCCGGAUUCACUCGUGUUUAUGACUGCACUGGUGUGCCAGCUUGUGUGCAGGCUGGAAUAUAUGCUAGUGCACCCGGUGGUGUGCUGGUACAGAUCGGCAUGGGAAAUCCUAUCCAGACACUGCCUGUUGGUGCUGCGGCCCUGCGCGAGGUCGAUAUUAUUGGUGUGUUCCGUUAUGAUGGACAGGCUUACCCUGCUGCUAUUGCGCUGCUGGCCAGUGGCAAGAUGAAGAGUGUCGAGGAGAAGGUUGUCACUCACCGACUCAAGUUGGAGGAUGGAGAGCGGGCGUUUACACUUGCUGGAAAGGGAAUUGAUGAGGAGGGAAACCCUGUUGUGAAGGUUAUCAUCGAGAACCGACGCGGCUCUAGUGGAUCUCUGUGA